AUGGUCUUCGCGCGACUCACGCCACAGGACAAGGACGCGUUCUUCUCGCUGCUGGACGAGUACUUCGCAUCUCGUCCGGAGCUGUUUGGAAAUGGAGGGAGUGGGAUGACGAACGGGCAGAGAGCGGCAGCAGCGUCCGCGGUGCACCAGGCGUUUUCUGCGGCCCCCGCACUGGCAGUGGCUGCCCCGGCAGUGAACGGGUGGAGGAGGCCGCAGCAAUCUGCAACAACCGAUUCGCCCGCAGAGGAGAGUACGCCUGUGGCCGGACGGGUGGCGGCUGCGGCGGCCGCGUUGAGGGCAGCGAACGGCGGUCCGGCUGCGGCGACUCCCAACCAGAACGGAUUCCCAAGGCCGCCGCCGCGGAGGGCUCCGAGCAGCUCUGAGGAGUCUGCCACGCUGGGGUCGGAAGCAAAUAAGCUUGUAGCAAGCAGGAAAUUCGGCGAUGUGGACUUGAGCUCGGGCAAGAAUAUGUUCUCGUCUAUCCGAGGCUCGACCGCCGCCAAGCACGCAGGCCCUGCGCAAGUCGCGCCUCCCACACCGCCCGCCUUCAAGCGUAACACGGAGUUCGCGCCGCCUCCCAGGCGCGUGCCUUCUACCGGGUCGUCUGUUACCGCUGCGUCCCCCACUCCGCCUCCGGCACUACCGAGAAGACAGCCUACACAAGAGGAGAGCGGAGAAUGGGCGGAGGCAUUGUAUCCAUAUGAGAGCGAUGAUCCGGGCGACUUGCCCUUGGAGGAAGGUGUCCGUGUGCUCGUGGUUGAAAAGACCUCCGAUGACUGGUGGACUGGAGAGAUUGACGGGCGCCGGGGUCUCAUCCCUGCUGCAUAUGUCAAGGUACUGUAG